UUAUCUGUAAAAAAAAAAUCAUUUUUCAUGUUGUGGACAGUGAAUAAGAAUGAGAAUAAUAUUGUUAUUAAAGUAUAAUGAACAGUAAACGAAAACUUUGACGAAACACAGCAAUGUUUAGUUAAAAUUCAUAAAAACUGCAAAUUGAAAAAUAAUAUUUGAUAUUUUCACCAAAAGGAGUUACCAUUUAUUAAUAGCAUAAAAACUAAAAUGUCUGAGGAAGAUUUAGACAGGUGGACGCAGGAGGGACAGAAUAGAGAGAUGUAUUUGUCAACAAGUUGUUCAAGUUUUGAAAUGUUGGAUCCUCAUGAUCCAAUUAUAAGUCGUUUAGCGACCCAUCUCUUUAAGAAAACUAAUGAUUACUUGCAAGGAGAAAUGUCAGCUGGGCAGGAUCAUUAUAAUCUUCUGGAAGAGAUAAACAGAUUAACCAUCACCAAAUAUACAGACCUCAGAAACCUUACUGUGAACUUAAGCAAAACUUUAAGUGAAUACAAUGAAAUGUAUAAUAUACUCAUAAAGCCACUGCUGCUACAAAUCGAUGACAUUGAUGCUCAAGUAUCACAAUUUGAGAUAAACGCUUAUCGUUUGGAUAAUUACACCAAACAAUUGAAGGCACGUUUCAAGGAAUUAGAAGAGAAGUAAAUAUAACCCUUUAAUAUAUCUAUUGCUAUAUUAUGUCGUUUGUAGGUUUAAUAUUUUUCUGUCAAUGAAAGUAAUAGUACAUUGUGUAUGAAAUAUAAAAAAUACAUUUUUGAUAAUGUACAUUUAAAUUUAAGUACUUUAUAUUUAAAAACAAUCAAUGAAAUAAUGUAAGGUGUUACUAUUUUUAUAUCUUGAAAUUCCAUAAUGAUGUUAAUAAAUUUAAUAUAUUAGCAAAAUGUAAGAAGCAAUAUUCAUUAUUGUUAUUUUUGUUAUAUAAUAUAUAUUGGUUAAUAGAUUUUAGUAUAUAAACUAGUUGUUUUUCAGUUUACACCCUCCAUCAUGGUCCUUAUAUAUCAUUUUCUUUUUGUGUAACUUAUGUCAAGCCAUAAGCUGAAUAAUUUAUUACAAUACAUACAUACAACACACUACAUACACUAGUCAAGUGUAGGAGUAACAUGAUUUAUUAAGUGAAUAAAUAAAUUUUUGAGUUUAUAUUG